CGUGAGUGAUCAGUGAUAUUUUGAUUCUGUAAAAUUUUGACUCAAGAAAUUUUGACUGUUUCUCUCGCAGUUUGUUUUGAUUAUAAUUGUACAAAAUUGCUCCGAACCCAGAGGCCGUUGUUGAUUUGAUAUUUGGGAACCCGAUUAUCUACGUCGGUUGUGUGUGAUAUGAUUCUCAGCACCUCUCAGUUACUCUGCUGGGUUCUUCAAAAUAAUUUUUGCAGGGUCCAUGCAAUUCUGCAUCUAACACGUUGAAGUGUUUAUGUAUUGGAUCAGGAACAUUUUGCAUAAAAUAUGGCUUUUGUAUAAGUAAACCCAAGGUGUUAUCUCUUCUCAUAAAAACAUGGACGGGUUUCAAAGGAAAAGGCUCAACAUCAGACCUUACAAAGCUCCUCCUGCCCAUUGCAGUGGAGGCGGAGGUGGCAGCGCAGUUGUGGCAAACACUGGCUUUGGUAGAUUGAGAGACACGCUGGAUCUAAAUCUUGAUUCAGCCAAUUCUGCAACGAGCUGCGACUCUGGACAAAGUGAGAGCACUCCUAAGAGGGGUGUACCUCCACCCCUUGAUGCUGCCAAGACGCCAAACAACCAGCCGGUGGUUUUGGAUGAUGAAUUCAGUCCAAUCGAGCUUUUUCCCUAUUCACAAACGCAAUCGGCACCGAUUGUCCUGUGGGACUACAAUGCCGUUCAGAAAUCCAACAGGAUUAUCCGAAGAUCGAGACAGAGCUGUGGAAAAUUUCCUUCGCCACCUGAAAUGAAACCUUCGAAAAGGAGGACACCUUCGCCCACAUUCGAUGACUGCCCUCCUCCGAAGAAACCUAGUCAAGAGGGCCUUAGUGUUCUCCAGCAACACGUUAAAGAUUUGCAAGAAUUGAGUUCUAGUGAUGAGGAAAAUGAGCGUGAGCAAGAUGCUUUGAAGGAAACCGAAGAAGAAAUGCUCAACAGUUCAAUUCAUCAGUCUCUGCACAUAUCGGACAAAUUUGAUCGCAGUAUGGCGUCCCCAGAUCCCUUUGACUCGGCUGGGGAUGAUGAAAACUUCCAAGUGGCACCAGAGCCUUCAACCAAAGAGCUUCUUUGCUAUCCCUCCAAGCCAGAAAUUGUGCCCCCUAAGCCGAAGGAGGUGCAAAUCAGUCCUCAGGAAAGCUCCUUUGAAAUUGACGACUCGUUUGCCGAGUGUCUCAUUGCAUGCACUGAAAAGGUGGAGUCUGAGGUGAGACUCAGCCAGCAGUUGCAAAAUACAGCAGCUCCUCCUCCGUCACCACCAUCUGCCCCUGCCACCAAUGAGAAAAAAGCACCCUCAAUUGUCCAAAAUGGCUUGCAGAAGAGAAGGCUGAAUGUGGUAGUUUCUCCUUCAAAGAAAGCGGUGGCCAGUCUUGCCAAGAAGCAGUCGGACGGCACCGAGUUUGAACCCAAGUGGAAGGAGAAAAUCAAAAGUGCCACCUCCCCGUUGAACUCUUCGCUGAGAGCAAGUCAGAACGGUGACAAGAGCAUCCACAGAAGUCUUUUCGUUUCUCCAGUCAGCACAAUAAAUCCUCCAGCCGAAAAGGUGCAGACACCUGAUUUAGACAAGUCCAUCGACCCUUUUGAUGAAAGCUUCUUGGAGGAAAUCGACGCCGUUGAAGCCUUUGCUUUGAGCCAAUGCGCUGCCUCAGCUGAUAAACCCAAAGCUCCUGCACCUGUGAUUGAACCUCAGCCAUCUUUGAAACUUCCUUUCCAACGGCAGCAAAGCACCUCCUCCAUUCCUCCGCAGACUAAGACGGCCACAACUUUCACUCGGCACCUAAGCACCCCUUCCUUUCCGGCCAAGAACAACGUUGUUCCUCCCAAACCUAAACCCCCACCUGUCAGACUUCAAAUAACCAACCUUCCAAGGCCGCAGGUCAAUCGUCCUCAACCCGUAAAACCGCCAGUCCAAAAUGUUGUGCCAAAACCCUCUUUUGCACCCAAGCCCAUGAAAGUUGUGCCUUCAGCCAUUCCGACACCGAGGAAUGCUUUCACCUCAGCCAAGCCACCCGCCAUCAACGCUUUGAAGAAAUCACCUCUUGUGAGACACAAGUCAGCCGACCUGUCCAGCGCUUCCAGCAAACCAGUUGCAACUUCUCUCGGCAAGCUCGGUGGAUCAACAAUUGCACGACACAGAUCUGCAGACUUUGGACAAGGUCAGACUUCAACUAACAAAUGCACAGAACUGGAAAUAGAGCAGAAGAGGUUGGAGGCCAGGAAGAAAUUGCAAUUGCGCCAACUGAUGUCCAAUAAAUGAUUAUAUUUUUCUUAUCUAGACUUAAAGAUAUAAAUAAUUUAAAAACUUCAAGUUUGGGAUUUAAAUUAAACAUUUUCAAAUACAUUAAAAUCAUUCAUUCAAGC